AAACAGAAAAGAGGACACAGGGGACACAAGGGAAACAAGAGACUCAGGGGACACAAGGGACCAAGGGGACACAAGGAACACAAGGAACACAAGGGACACAAGGGGACACAAGAAGACACAAGGGAACACAGGGGACAGAAGGAGACACAAGAGAACACAGGGAACACAAGGGGACACAGGGGACACAAGGGAACACAGGGGACACAGUGAAAAACAAGAGCCUCAAAGGGACACAGGAGACACAAGGGAACACAGGGGACACAGGGGACACAAAGGGACACAGGAGACACAAAGAGACACAGAGGACACAGGAGACACAAGGGGACACAGGGGACAUGAGGGGACACAACAGAACACCAGAGGACACAAGAGGACACACGGGAAACAAGGCAACACAGGGGACACAGGGAAC